AGGUUGCGGAGGCAUUGAAAUGUCUGCCGCCGAAACAUGUGGCUCGUGUCUUGCACGAGAUGCAGGAGCACGGCCUAGGCUUGGACGAUCCUGUCAGUUACAUCAAGGCUGCUGCGAGGUCUGGUUCCAGCGUCAAAAGGGGUCCCGCGGAGGCUGCCGGUGAGGACGUGGAAAAGGAUGACAUGAUAUCCACGCUGACCUCGCGAGUGAAGUGGUUAAACGAGUUUGGUGGCCUCGCCAAAAAGAUCAGCAUCGACGAAGUUAUUGGAGCCCUAUACUGCCUGGGUCUCCCGCAGUCCAUGGCCAUCCUCCGCAGCCUUCAGGAGCGGGGCGCAUCCGUGGUGGAUCCAAAUCACUACAUCAAUCAGGCAGUUCAACGCGCCAACAGCAACAUGGCCAAGGAAGAAAAGGAAGAUGAUCAAGAUGAGGACCAGGAGCCAGCUGCUGACCCUGAGGCAGAAGAUGAGCCAGCCGAGCAGGGUGGUUCGCCGGAGGAGGAAGAAACCAUUGACCGAACCAAUGAGGACUGGUUUGACUGGGCUGCGGCGGAAGAACCGAAGUCCAAGCGACGUGUGCCAAAGAGACCUGCAGAAGUGGCCGCCACAAGCCUCGCACCACCGGUGGAAGCGGCAGCAAAAGUGAGACGAGUGGUGGGUGGCCUUACAGGCUAUCAGCGAUUGGUACCCUCGCGUGCCACGGAAAAAGCCUUGAACGCCCAGCGACCACCAAGAGGGGUGAAGUCUGAGCCCGCGGGCGGAGAGGAGGACGCUGAGGUCAAAGCCGAUGCCGGGCCAUCUCACUACAGCUCCGGUCCAGUUGCUCUACCCAUGAGCCCUGAGGAGAAGAUGAUGCAGGUCAGGAACUACGCGCGGCGUCCCAGGGGGAACUUAACGAUCAAACUCAACUGAUGGUUUUCAGCGUAAGGUGGUAAACCAAAUAAAAAACCAUCCCCAUCAGAAAUGGGUUGUCAUAUAUAUAUAUAUAAUCAUAUAAUAUAUAUGUUACUUUCGAGGUAACUGAGGCUAAUUCUAAGGUAAGUGGAC